GCGUCGUCCACGCAGGCUUGGUUUUUUGAGUCGCCGCGCGCGCGCGCCGCCGCAGCAUGGCCCUCGUCGUGAUCGCCGCGGCGGUCUUCUGCCUGACCUGCUGCCUCUGGAUGCUGAUGAGCGGCAAGUUCCGGCCGGCCAAGGCGCCGCCGCACGUCUCCGAGGGCCCGCCCAUCGUGGGCAACCUCAUGGGCUUCGCCCUGGGCCCCCGGGGCCCUUUGGACUUCAUCAAGCGCAACUUCGAGGUCCACGGCGGCGCCUACUCCAUGCGCGUCGCCCACAAGACGCUGACGUUCCUCGUGGGCCCGAAGGCGUCGGCGCCGUUCUUCCAGAACCGCGACGACGUCUUCAGCCAGCCCGAGGUCUACGGCUUCAUGACCCAGGUCUUCGGCAAGGGCGUCGUCUACGACGCGACGCCCGCGAAGCGCAAGGCCCAGAACGUCCACAUGAGCCGGGGCCUCCGGGCCGACCGCCUGAAGUCGUACAUCCCGAAGAUCCUCAUGGAGACGAAGAAGUACAUGGGCGACCGCUGGGCCGAGGACGGCGCCUGCGACGUGCUCAAGGCUUUGAGCGAGCUCACGAUCCUCACGGCGUCGCGCUGCCUCCACGGCGACGACGUCCGCGAGACCCUGUUCGAGGAGGUCGCGGACAUCUACCACGAUCUGGACAAGGGCAUCACGCCCCUGUCCUUCUUCUGGCCGACGGCGCCCGUCGAGGGCCACCGGAAGCGCGACGCGGCCCGCGUGCGCAUGGUCGAGCUCUUCCGCGGCGUCAUCGACGCGCGGCGCACGCAGACGCGGGAGCAGGCGGACGCGCGGACCGACAUCCUCCAGGUCUUCGUCGACAUGAAGUACAAGGACGGCACGAUGGCGACGACGGACGAGAUCACGGGACUCUUGAUCGCCCUGCUCUUCGCCGGGCAGCACACGUCGUCGAUCACGUCGACGUGGACGACGCUCUUCAUCCUCCACGACGCGAAGCUGAAGGCGCGGCUGCUCGAGGAGCAGCGCCAAAUCUUCGGCGCGGGCGACAUCCGCGACGCGCCCAUGUCCUUCGACGACCUGAACAAGAUGGAGAUCCUCCACAACUGCGUCAAGGAGACGCUGCGCAUGCACCCGCCCUUGAUCAUGCUCAUGCGCAAGGCGAUGCAGGACGUGCCCAUCGAGACGGACGCCGGGCUCAAGUACGUGAUCCCCAAGGGCGACAUCGUCUUCACGUCGCCCGCGGUCGCCGGCCGCCUCGACAUGGUCUUCAAGGACCCGGACGCCUUCGACCCGGACCGCUACGCGCCGCCGCGCGAGGAGCACGCGACGCCCUUCGCGCAUCUCGGGUUCGGCGGCGGCAUCCACCAGUGCAUGGGCCAGCAGUUCGGGUUCAUGCAGGUCAAGACCAUCAUCUCCUGGCUCCUGCGCAACUACGACAUGGAGCCCGCGGGGCCCAUGCCCAAGGCGGACUACACGGCCAUGGCGAGAAUCGCGUCGCCGCACGGGAGCCAGCCCCACCUCGCGCCGCUCUCCGCCGGCGAGUCGCCGGACGACCUGCCGCCGCUCGUCGACGCGCCCGUCGUCGCGGCGCCGGCUCUGGACGAGGUCGACGACGCGGACGUCGACGACGAGAUCGCGCGGCUCCAGGCGCGGCUCCGCGACCUCGAGGCGCGGCGACGGGGCGCCGCGGCGCCCGCGCCGCCGCCGCCGCCGCCGCCGCCGGCCGUCGAGGUCGAGGCGGAGAUCGUCGCGAGCGAGGCCGAGAUCCCGGCGGGCGACGGCGACGGCGACGACGACGCGGGCGUGGCCGAGGCGAAGGUCGAGGUCGCCGAGGAGGCGGAGGUCCUCGUGCCGACGCCGAGCCCCGACGCGUCCGCGGUGCCCGUCGCGCUUCCGGUCGCGUGCUGCGUCGACGACAGCAACGUCGCCGACGAGGUCGCCGCGCCGCCGCCCGAGCCGACGCCGCUCUGGGUCGCGAGCCCCGCGGACGAGCGCGGCUACGUCGAGACUCGGGAGGAGGCGCCCGCGCGCGACGACGAUGAAUCCGUCGAACGCCAGUUCCGGUUGGACCUGCGACGCGCCGUCGAGGAGUCGUUGCGGCCGUCGUCCUUCGCGACGCGCGCCGGCGACGACGACGAGGAGAAGAAGGACGAGGGGGAGCUGGAGGACGUCGACGCGUCGCAAGCCGGCUCGCGGCGCCGGCGCCGCUGGUCCUACAAGGCCGGCGACGGCGGGAGCCUCGCGCACGCGCUCGACGUCGAGGAGUCCUUCCCGACGAUCCACGGCACGAAGUACUACGUCGCGCAGACGAAGGUGCUGUCCGACGAGCGCGUGACCAUAUCCCGCGUCGGCCGCUGGUUCCGCGACGUCCGCGAGCUCGCGUCCGAGCCCGCGGACGACGGCGACGCGGGCGCCGGCGGCCUGGGCCGCGCGACGGCGGACUACCCGCCGGAGCCGGGCGUCGCGCGCGCGGCGGCGGCGGCCUCGGCGGAGCCCGCGAGCCCGCGCGACGCGUCGACGUCCCCCGCGCUCGCGGCGGACCUGCCGCUCCUCGCCGUGCGGGACCUCAUCCGGAGCAACGCCAUCUGCGGCGGCGAGUGGCGCGAGGGCCCCGCGCACGACGCGGACAUCGACAUCGGCGUCGGCGACCUCGUCCGCUUCCGGCUCCGCGGCGCGGCGACCGUCGACGAGUACGGCGUCGUGCUCUGGGUGUCCAAGGCGUCGACGGACGCGGGCUCGCGCAACGCCGGCGCCCACGUCCAGGUCUGCACGCACGCGUGCGGCAUGCUCGUGCCCCGCCACGAGAUCGCGUUCGGCGUGUCGCGCCUCUACGGCGACGUCAUCGACGUGCUCCUCAAGGACUUCUCCAUGGAGAUCCAGCUCCGCCCGAACAAGUUCCUCUUCAUCUUCGAGCCCGACGCCGUCGUCUUCCCGACGCUCGCGUACUCGACGGGCGUCGACGCCAGGUGUGGAUCGAUGCUCGCGCGUCUCGUCGCGUCCGCGGUCGCGCUGGGCGCGGCGGCGGCGACGUCCGAUUGCUCCUCCUGCGUCGAGCGCGGCGAUAGCGUCGUCAAGGUGAUCACCCACGGCGUGUGGUCGAACACGUUCUGGACCCUGUUUCGCGCGGCGGCGGUGCAGGCGGCGGCGGACCCGGGCGUGGCCCUGGACAUGGAGCUCCGCGAGACCUGGGACUCGGAUGUCAUGGCGGCGGAGAUCGACGGCCUCGCGCGGACGUGCCUCGGGAAGUGCGUCGCCGUCGUCACGCUCCCCGACGCGGCCGCGCGCGCGGCCGUCGCGCGGGCGACGGCCGCGGGCGUCGUCGUCUACGGCGUCAACAGCGGCUACCCCGGCGCGGGCCUCGGCCUCAGCGGCUUCGUCGGCGCGAACGAGACCGAGGCGGGCCUCGCGGCCGCGGCCGCGGCCUACGACGCGAUGGGAAACGCGCCGGCGGCCGCGCGCGUCGCCUUCGUGGACCACGAGAACGGCACGAACGCGGGCCUGCUCGAGCGCUUCGCGGGCCUCGCGCGGGGCGUCGCCGCGCGCGGCGGCGCGGCGACCUACGCGGCCUACGACGGCGCGCGCGGCGCGGCGCGCGCGACGACGGCGCUCGUCGACGUCGUCGCCGACGCGGCCGGCACCUGCGCCUUCGAUUUCGUGGUCGGGGGCGGCGUCGACGCGGCGGCGCCGAUCGUCGCGGCCCUCGCGUACCGCGGCUGCUCCGCGGCGACGGCCGUGGGCCACUUCGACGCGACGGAGGCCGCGUUCGACGACGUCGAGGGCGGCGUCGUCGCGUUCGCCGUGUCGCAGCAGGCCUGGGCCCAGGCCUACUUCGCGACCUACCUCGCGGCGAUCCACGCGUUCGCGGGCCUCCCCGUCGGCGGCGGCGGCGACCGGUCGCUCUUCCCGACGGGCCCGCUCGUCGCCGACGCCGCCGCGCUGCCGACCGGCCGCGCGCGCGAGUGCCUCGACGACUCCUACGCGACCUGCGCCGAGGACCGCGGCGGCACCGUCAUGGACGGCUGCGCGCGCGUGAACCGGUCGCGCGUCGUCGUCGCGGGCGUCGUGCCCGGCGCGGCGACGGACGGCUGGUGGGACCUCGUCGCGGACGCGGCCGCGGACGCCGCGUCGGCGUCGGACCUCGGCGUGUCCCUCGCGCGCGGGGGCGUCACACGCACGGAGGCGGGCGACUUCGAGAACGCGUCCCGGGCCACGUUCGAGCUCUGCGGCGGCCCCGACCCCGUCGACGGCUUGUUCGUCAAGCUCUCGUCGGAGCUCCUCUACAACGCGACGCGUUUUUGUGUCGAGCGGGGCGUCGCCGUCGCGUCCUUCAACAGCGGCUUCGAGUCGGGCGCGUUCCCCGUACCCGGCCUCCUCCACCACGUGGGGCUCCCCGAGCGGGAGACGGCCCGGGACGCCGCGGCCCACGUCCUCGCCGCCGGCGGCGCGGCGCGGCUCUACUGCGUCGUCGAGGCGGCGGACCGGGACACGCCGAACAUGGUCGCGCGCUGCGCGGGCGUCGCCGACGCCGCCGGUGCCGCGGUCGCGGGCUUCCGGUUUCGGUAA